CCCUGCAGAUGUACCUGCUGCCCCGCAUGAUGCUGCUGUUGCUGCUAUCAGCUGGAACCAGUCGGGCUGUGGACAAAAACUGGUUGACUGAUAUUGUAGCGGCCCUCCUAGAUGAGUACGUACAACAGGACAAAAUACAAGGUCAGUUCUGUUUGGCUGCAAACAUCCCAAAGAACCCAAGCGCACUGGGUCAAUUCCUUCAGAACAACCGCUACACCGAAGACGUUGAGGAAACACUUAAAGGUGGUGACGUGUACGUAGGAAACGCUGUGGUUGUUGCAAAACCUGAAACUUGGGAAUAUCGGACACGUUGGGCAACUUUGAGACGUCGGGAACCUCGGGAACCUCUGGAUCAUGCAGAACGUCGAGUUCUGGAAAAUUUGGAUCCAUUGAUCGAGAAGAGCAAGGGACACGUCCUGGUGAUCUACUCCUACCUGUCCGCAUGUGACAUGUGCACAUCCGACGAGGAGCUCAGGAUCACUGAAAUGAUUAGAGACAAAGUCGUGAACCACUGGUCUGAGUACGCCUUCGUAUUUACAAAGCUCUUUACCAAGCCAGGUUUUUCAAAAGAAGGUCAAUCUGUUACACGUAGCGUGGCAACGUUAAGACAAUCCCUUGAUGAUCUCGCAAACUCUGGCCUCCAUCUCGAAAACAUCUUCCGCUGUUACAAACCACCAAAUUUAGUGUUUCGGUGCUACAGCUGCUCGUCAGAGGGGCAGGCCGCGGAUGUUUGUGUUGACGAAGAUGCUCAGCCUCAACAGGGAAGAAGCAGCGGCGGAAGCAGCAGAUACAGGGACAGCAACAACAGGAGGAGCAGCAGCAGUGAACGCAGACGUGGAAGUAGAAGCAGCAGAGAGAGAUCCAGCUAUUGGAGUCAGAGUAGAAACAGAGAUGGAGGACGAAGCCGCAGUGGAAGCAGCAGAAGGAGAUCCAACAAUUGGAGUCAGAGUAGAAAAAGAAUUAGAAGAAGAAGCCGCAGUAGAAGCAGAGGUUGACAGAUUUUAGGGUCUGAUGUGAUUCAGCUCAAUCAAACGUACAUCCCUGAAUGAGAGAAAAAACCUCCUUUAUGCUUAAAAAGCACAUUAUUUCCUCUUUAUCGAGCAGAGCUUCAAACAUUUGUUGAUGCCGCGAAAGUGCAGAAUAUUUCUCCUCUGAACUCCAAAACCUGCCAGCGGGUUUGAAACAUGUUAUCUUUGAAUUAAAUCACCAAAACGACACCGUUUGUUAUCACAAACUGUUAUAGAAAAAAAAAACUGAAGGAAUUGUCGGGUGACCAAUUUUCUGACGCUCAUUUAAUGCAUCGUAUGUGACGUGGCAUUCCAGCGUACAGUUUGAAACUGGGACUCUUCAUCAGAAUCGCUUUGUUUUACUUGUUUUCACAGAGCAGAGAGCAGACAACAAGAAACUUAAAAUUGUCCCAGAAAUUGUCAUUUUGAACAAAUUUUGAGUCACUUUGAUCAAGUUUUCAGUUUGCGUUAUUUUAGAGAAUCCUUGUGUGGGCUUGUACAAGUUUCGAGUCAUUUUUUCGUUAUUUUGUACAAAUUUUACGUCAUUUUUUGACAAUUUUAAAGGAAGAUCCAUCCUACUGAAUCAUUACUAUCAAAAAUUGUCCAAAAUGAUUAAAAUAUUGUCAUGUUCAACAAAUUUGAGGUCAUUUUAAACUUUGAGGAAGUUUUAAGCUAUUUUUGACAAUUUCAGAGUAAGAGGAAAACCUACUGGAUCGGAGUAGAGAGGAAAAGUCUGUAAUCAUUUGUAUCAUUCCAAGACAUUUCUGAGUUCUCUCUCCCUCUUCAUGGUUGUUCUGACUCUGUAGAGCUGCAGGACUUUGUCUUGAAGUGAAAAAUGAACCCACAGUGAAUAAAAAUGAGACGAAACAAAAACCGCCCAGAACCUGCUGUUUGGAGUUCAGAGGGUAAAAGUAAAAUAUUGUAAAGACAAGAAGUCAUGUUGUGUUUCUCUGAGUGAAUCUUAAACUGCUUUGUUCUUCUGAAUAAAACUCAGCUUCAGCAUCAAACCUG